GUCGUACUUCCUUUCUCACAUGAUGAUGUAUGUUCACAGAAACAUAGACGCAGAAUUCUAUACCUAAUACUCGCCUUUCAAAGCGCUGCCUUGCUCCAUUCGUCCCUUGCCUGGUUACUCCAACCGGCCGGCGAUCACCGGUUUUACACCCAGCCGAUCUACCGGAAUCGUCCGUUUUCUUUGGCGUCUUUUCUGCCAAUCGCUUUCUUCUGGUGAGAAAAGCGGUUACCUUUCGUUUCAAAAAUCCUAAUUCAUCACGAGGGUUUCUGCCAGACAGAUAGAUGUCUGCAAGAGGACACGGACCACCGGCUUAUGGGAGCCGGUCGGCACAAGCUCCUGGGAUGAUGCGCCAUGGUUCAUACCCUGUGGGCCACGGCAUAGAGCCACUGCAUCCUGAGCAUGCAGAUAGCAAACUAGUUGCUCAGUCAGCUGAAAUAGAAAGGCUUGCUGGUGACAAUCAGAGACUGGCAGCCACUCAUGUGGCUUUACGUCAAGACUUGGUUGCCACCCAACAAGAAAUUCAAAAACUCAGGGCCCAUAUAGGAAGCAUCCAGACCGAAAGUGACAUUCAAAUUCGCAUCUUAUUGGAAAAGACUGCGAAAAUGGAAGUUCAUGUUCUAGCCGGUGAGACAGUGAGGAAGGACCUUCAGAGGGCGCACACUGAGGCCAGGGCCUUGGUGGCAACUAGACAGGAUCUGAUUGGUCAAAUUGAACAGGUUACCGAGGAAUUGAAGAAGAUCCGUGCUGAUGUGGAAAAAGUACCAGAAAUGCAUGUUGAACUUGAUGGCUUGAGGCAGGAACACCAGAAGUUACGAUCAACUUUUGAGUAUGAAAAAAGCUUAAACAUGGAGAAAGUGGCACAAAUGGAACUUAUGGAGAAAGACCUUGUGGGGAUGGCAAGAGAGGUGGAGAGGUUACGAGCUGAGGUUUUGAACGUCGAGAAGAGGGCACACGCACCAACCGUCUUCGGUGGGGCGUAUAUGAACCAAGAGUUAUACCCUCCACCACCUCGGAUGCACGCUAGUGGCGGCGGUUAUGUUGAUGGGUAUGGAAAGCAGCAGCAGCAGCAGCAGCAGCAUCAUCAUCAUCAUCUCCAGAUGGGUGUUGGUGGUGCCAGAGAGGGAAUGAUUCCCUAUGGCGGAGGUCAUACUGGACCAGCUGCUCCAGGUGGAAAUCCUCAGUGGGGAGGACCACCAAUGCCCUCCUACGGAGGAGGCCACCCUGGAUCAACUGCUCCAGGCAGCAACCCACAGUGGGGAGGACCGCCAUAUGAUGGUUCUUAUUCUAGGGCCUGAAACGGUGAUAACUGCCAUCUAGGUUAUUUUUGUCCUGUUUCCAAUUUGUGCCAUAUGCAGAUCUCACCCAGUUUGUUCAUGCAAAUGUAAUCCCAGUAACUUAUAGUGUUAUAGGAGUUUUAGAUGUUACAGAAUUUUGGUUAAUUUAUAACAUUUAUAUUCCUGAAUUUUAAUUUCGUUUUUCGCGUGGUUC